AUGUCGAUACAGACCGACCAUGAGGGUGGGGCCAGAUCUAGGGCUACUAAAGCGGCCGCCGCGCAAACCAACCAAAGGAAACGUGCGGCGGGGAAGAAGGCUGAGGUUGGAACGAAGAAGUCCGGGAAGAAGGCGGAGGACAAGGGGAAGCAACCAACGGCACGCAAGCGUGUUUCGGCCGUGAAGAGCGAUGCGGGUGUUGCCACUGCUGCCCUCGAGCCCGGUCCUUCCGACGACGGCACCAUCGGCGGGAACGAAGACCCUGGGCGUGGCGGCGUGAGUGUUGCCGUCCGGCCGGGGGACAGAGAGGGCUUGGCGACUGGAGGAAAGCACGGCGAGGCUCCCGGCGACGACCAGGCCGCAACUGUGGUGUCCGUGGCAGAGGCAUCACAGCAGCAUAUGACGCUGCUCCCCCCGCCCGUGGUCGAAGUAUCUGCUGCAGUGAUAGAUAAGGAGAAGAAUGCUGCGCACGAUUGCACGGAGGAGCCGAAACACGACAUUGCCGACGUCGGUGGAUCUCCUCCCUCUGGGGGACGCGGGAGGCGUAGGCAGAGGAAGAGCGAUGGGGAGGAGGAGUAUGACACCCCCGUGGCCGAGGACAUCCCCAUACGCGCAAAGAGGAGGCAGACGACAGCCAGCGGUGACGACGCCGGUGGUGCUGAAGUUGGGACAACGCGAGGCACCACGGAGCCAAGUGGCUUGGCGACAGAUCAUGCUUUGCGGCAAAAUGGCCGACCCGGUCCGCGGAAACCAUCUAGCGGACGGGGGGGCAAGCAAGCCUCGAGGGGGAAGAGGCCGAAGCGCGGCAAAGAAGGCCUUGGUGACGCGGAUGUUGAGGACGAGGGGGAUGGGGAGGAGGAGGCCGAGGAGGAUGCGGAGGAGGAGGACGAGGAUGCAGGGGAGGAAGAAAAGGACGAGGAUGAGCAGGAGGACGACGAUGAUGAGGAGGAGGAGGAGGAUGAGGAUGGCGACGAGGGGAAGGAGAAGGAGGACGAUGAGGAUGAGGAUGAGGACGAGGAGGAGGACGAUGAGGGGGAUGACGAGCCUAAGGAGGAAAAGAGUGAGGAGGAGGAGGAGGAGGAGGAGGAGGAGGAGGAGGAUGAGGAGGAGGAGGAGGAGGAGGAGGAGGAGGAGGAGGAGGAAGAGGAGGAGGAUGAUGGUGAGGAGGAGGAUGAGGAGGAGGACGACGUGGAGGAAGAGGAGGUGGAGGAAGGGGCGGAUGAGGAAGAGGAGGAGGAGGAGGAGCCGGCAGGGAAAGGACGGGGCGCGCGAGGCAGACGGGGGAGUGGCACAGGGAAGGUGGGGGGCCGGUCUGGUCAAUCCCGGAAACGCGGGGCGGUUGACGCAAUGCAUGGCGGCCCAGCGGGCAAAUCGAAGGCGCGUAAAGUGAAGGUCGAAACUGACCGGGGUGGAAGGAAGCAAGGGAGAUAG